UGGGUCUCCCAAGAAACUCGUUGAGGUUGAUUAUUUGAUACUUACCCUCGAUUGCAUCAAUCUUCUUCAGCUCUACUUUCCAUCUUUCUUGAAAACGGAAAAUGUCUUGCUGCGGAGGAAACUGUGGCUGCGGUUCUAGCUGCAGCUGCGGCAGCGGCUGUGGAGGAUGCAAGAUGUACCCUGACAUGAGCUACACAGAGAACACGACCACCGAGACUCUUAUUGUUGGUGUUGCUCCCCAGAAGACACACUUUGAGGGAUCUGAGAUGGGCGUUGCAGCUGAGAAUGGCUGCAAGUGCGGAUCCAACUGCACCUGUGAUCCUUGCAAUUGUAAAUGAGAGAGAUCUAGUCUUUGAAGCAGAGAUGGUCUAGCCUUUAUGAAACUAAUAACUAGCAUUUAGUCGUCAUAUCUAUGUAUGAGUGUUGUGUUUUCUCCAUGUUUCGUUUCCUCUUAAGACUGAUAUUGAUAAAAAUAAAGUAGCAUGGCUGUGUCUUUCUGCAAA